AGCAAAAGUCUCCUGCUCUCUGUUUGUCUUCCUCAUUGGCUUGUAACGUGUCCUCGCUGCCUGUCCUGUAUGUCCAGAUGUCUUUAGUCUCCGCCUUCCCUUGAGAUUCUAACAGACAGCAUUAAAGGUUAUCGCACGGAUAGGGAUGCUGUAGGAAUUCACUGCCGCUCUACAACUUAAGAGCUUCAUGUGGUGAUUUUCCUCGACGAUGAGCGCCAGCGUGAACAUGAAGACGAUGUCUCAGAGCAGCUCUGGUAUCCCUCUGCCCCGGAGCCUGACCACCCUCUCCAAACAGGACACCAAGAGCUUGAGCGGCGGUUUACUAGGUCCAGCCGCCCACAACCAUCAGGGUGGACGAACAUCCGUGUUGUCUUCCUCAACCUCAUCCGUAUCUUCUCUUUCAGUCUCAAAGGAGUUACUCAAAGGGACAGGGUUGAGAAAUCAGUCUUCACUGAGAGCUCAAGGGACAUCCGGUGGCACAAGCAGGCCGCCGUUUGCUCCCCGUUCAGCCCAAAGCAGCCCACGUGUGCUUAAAAAAGAGACGAUCCAAUUCAAAAACACACGGGACCUCCGGAGGGGCUCGUUGCCCCAGGAUGGAUUCAGAGACAAGGAGAGACACUCCAACAAGAACUGGAGAUCUGGGCAUCAUCAGUUUAGGAGUCUAGACAAUGAGGUGGAAUCGGGUCAAGCCCUUCGGAAGCCGACUAAUGGGAACGUCAUCUGGGAAACGUCAGCUGGCAUUCAAAAGCAGCGGAUGAAAAUUCAGGCUCGUGGUGAUGGCGACAGAGGGAUGAUUGCAGCGAAAUCCCAGGUCAGUGUCACAAACACAUGUCCUGCAGGCAGAGAGUCUCCACGGAUGGCAGCAGUGGCACCUUUCAGAUUCAGGCUGCAGGUUCAAGACGACACUGAAGCUUCUCUUGAGGAUCUGAGUGAUUGUUCCUCAGACUCUAUGGAAGUGUGCUGUGAGGAUUUGAAUCCCGAGUCUCAAAGGAAACGGACGGUUCAGAAUGUUCUGGAUCUCAGACAGAACCUGGAGGAAACCAUGUCCAGCCUGCGAGGGGCUCAGCUCAGCCAGAGUUGUUUGGACAGCAGCGUCUGCUAUGACAGCGACGAAACCAACGCUCGCAGCAUCUCCAGCCUCUCCAACCGCUCUUCACCUCUCUCCUGGCGCCACGGCCAGUCCAGUCCUCGUCUGCAAGCCGGCGAUGCGCCUUCCUCAACUGGCUGCAGCUAUUUGUCGGGCAUCAAGGCCUCGUCCCAAUACACCUCUCAAACGAUGCCCGCUCGCUGCUCCAGCCGUCUCAACCACACGUCACGCAGCGAGUUCAUCGAAGGCCUGGACGCUGGAGAUGGCGACCUCAAGUCUGGUUACCUGAGUGAUUCUGAUGUACUUUGCAAGAGCCUUAAUGACGACGACGAUGACGACAAUCUGGCCAAUGGUUGGGACGAGAGCAGCUCCAUCAGCAGUGGUUUGAGUGAUGGUUCUGAUAACCUGAGCUCAGAGGAACUCAACGCCAGCUCGUCUCUCAACUCUCUCCCCACCACACCUGUUGGCUCCCGACGCAACUCUUCCGUCAUGUUGCGAACGGAUGCAGAGAAGCGUUCUCUGGUGGAGAGUGGACUGGCGUGGUACAGCGAGGACUGUAAGUCCUUAAGGAAGGCUGACGGAGUUUAUGACACAGGGAGCCUUAAAGCGGAGCCGUCCAGCAAGUGGAGGAAAACUCGGCUGCCGGAUGGAACCGCACAGGACAAGAUGGGGAAAGGAGAACUGAAGAAACCUCAGAGUCUCGGACAACCUGGGAGCUUCAAAAAGGGCCGCAAUCCUCCUGUGGGCGUCACCUCACCCAUCACACACAAUUCACAAAGUGUGCUAAAAAUCGCAGUCCCCAAAGGAGACUCAAAGGCAGUUGACAAGGUGAAAAUGUCCGUGAAGGCAACGGGUCUCCAGCGUUCCCGCUCCGAUGCCGGUCGGGACAACGUUGAGCACCGUAAGCCUCCUUCAGGUCUGGUGAAACCCUCCGCUGGCAGCUCCUUCGGUUAUAAGAAACCACCAACCACCGGUACCGCCACCGUCCUGACUGCAGGAGGCGCCACUAUCACGAGUGGCUCGGCCACUGUGGGCAAAACCCCAAAGUCCUCGGGCAUCCCCAUCAAACCCGUCCCGGGUGGAGGUGGACGCAAAAACAGCUUGGACGCCAGCGGCUCCGAACAGGGUUUCCUUGCGCCCAACGCUCGCGGUAGCAUUCAAUAUCGUAGUCUGCCGCGGCCUGCAAAAUCCAGUGCUAUGAGUUUGACCGGGCGACCUUCCUCUCGCCCUGUUAGUGGCAGCAUCGAUGCCAGUCUCCUCACUCUUAAACCCGUGCCAGCUUUGCCCAACACCAUGCCCACCAGAGGUAAAGAAGGAGGCAGCUUGAAAGCAGCUAGUCGCUCGAGCACCACAGGACCCGUCAACCAAACGGAUCGUGAGAAGGAGAAGGAAAGGGCCAAGGCCAAAGCGGACCUGGAGAUCAGCUGUCUGAAGGCAGAGAACCAGGGCGAGAGCUGUGGAGAGACUGUAGAGAAGAUCCAUCGAGUGCGGAGGACGAGCACAAGUAAAUACCCUGAACUGAGCUCUCCGACCGGCACGCCAAGGUUGCUGAGCAGCAAGUCUCUUGUUCACCCUCCCAGCCUGGCUCACCUAGACAAGGUCAACUCCAACAGUCUAGACUCUUGUAUCACCAUCCAUGACCUUCCUCCAAAGAUCCCUCCCUACUCCAAGCUUCAGGACCUGGCUGGCUCCCGCGUGCCGCCUCGACUCACCCCGAGCCCGGCGCCGGUUCUCCACAUCGAUUCUCCCAGCUGUUUCUCAGGCCAGGCUCUGUCUGUGAGCAGCUCCCCCAUCCUCUACCCGAAGAUGUCCGGCCUGCACCGCAGCAUGGAGUCACUGCCUCUUCAUAUGAGCGUGCCCACCAAAACUGACCUGGGACACCGGGAAGAAGCCAGGAGUACCGGGACGUGGGGCGCAGGCAGUCGGACGUCCAUCACUUUAGGCGACAGUUUACAAACUGAUAGGAACACCUUACCCAAGAAAGGAUUAAGUCGCUAUGGCAGCGACCAGUCAGAUGGCGAAGGGAGGGAACGUCGCCAUUCCCACACGAUCACUUGCAUGACGGAUUCGGAGAGCCCGCCUCAGCUUCCUUCCCCCACACACGUGACACAACCCUUCCUAGGAAAAACACCGCCAACCAACGUGGUGGCGCCAAUCCCGAGUUCAGGCUCUGGUUCCCAGAUCACACGAUCCAACAGCAUCCCAGCGAAUGACAUGGGCUACGAGCUGUACGGCACCUCUCCUCUGGGCAGCUCUCUCUCUCUGGCCGACCGACCGAAGAGCAUGAUGAGAUCCGGAUCCUUCAGAGAGCCUAGUGAAGACGUUCAUGGAUCUGUGCUGUCUCUGGCCUCAAAUGCCUCAUCCAACUAUUCGACUGAAGAGAGAAUGCAAGGAGAGCAAAUCCGGAUACUGAGGCGUGAGCUCGAGUCAUCUCAGGAUAAAGUGGCCAGCCUGACCACCCAACUCUCAGCAAAUGCCAACCUGGUGGCGGCGUUUGAACAGAGUCUGGCCCUCAUGACAGCAAGACUACAGAGUCUGUCGGUCACUUCUGAGCAGAAGGAUUCUGAGCUACAGGACCUGAGGGAAACCAUAGAGGUCUUGAAGACCAAGAACACAGAAGCCCAGUCUUUCAUUCAUGGGGCCCUCGAAACCUCUGACACCACACCCCCCAAAGAGCUGCAGAUGGACCGGCAGAACUCGUCAGAGAGCAUCUCCAGUCUGAACAGCAUCACCAGUCACUCUAGCGCCGGCAGCCUGAAGGAACAGGAGGCCAAGAAGAAGAAGAAGAAGAGCUGGCUGAGGAGCUCCUUUAACAAGGCCUUCAGUAAAAAGGGUUCCAAAGCGCCAUACGCAGAUAUAGAGGAGAUCGCAACCCCGGUCACAUCCGCCCCAUCUUCACCCAAAAUCAUCCAUAAUGUGGAUAAUGUCCCUGCAAAGGCCUCAACUUCAACAUCAGGAUCGUGUGAAGGGCAUGAGGAGACUGAGCAUGAUGAGAAAGUGGUGUCAGAGUUACGCACGGAACUAUGGGAGAAAGAGCGCAAGCUGACGGACAUCCGUUUGGAGGCACUUAGCUCCGCCCAUCAGCUGGAGCAGCUGCAGGAGGCCAUGACCAACAUGCAGCUUACAGUAGAAAACCUGAAGGCAGAGAAUGACCAGCUGAAGACGGGUGGCCCCUCCUCCAGACCACCAAGCUCCACCUCCCAGUCCUCUGGGCUCGGCUCAUUGGGCGUCUCAUCACCACGACAAUCUGUUUCGUCUUUCAGCAAAACCAUCGGACAAAAUGAGCCUUACCCAGAUGUCUUUCAAAGCCCCACCGCAACUUUACAGAAGGACGAAAGUCUCGCCAGAGUGUUGGUUCGCAUACCCAGUCAGCACCUAUUCAAAGACGAGGUGAAACAGCUGGAGUUUUUCAUUGGCACGGUUCAUAUCAGCGGGCGGACUGACUGGUUUGCUCUGGACUCUGCAGUCAUCCAGGCUUUUAAAGAGUAUUUAGCGGUGGUGGACCCCAGCUCCAGUCUCGGCCUCUCUCAGGACUCCAUCUUCAGCUACAGCCUAAGCCAUCUCAAGAGGGUUCUGGGUGCACAGCCGCCUGAAACCCCACCAGUGCGCCUCUACACCAAAGGCUCUUCCUGCAUCAGUGUCGCCCUAAAAGGACUGAAGGAGAAGUGUGUGGACGUUCUAGUGUUCGAGACGCUCAUCCCCAAGCCCAUGAUGCAGCAUUACAUCAGUCUGUUGCUCAAGCACCGGCGGUUGAUCUUAUCGGGCCCCAGCGGCACAGGGAAGACCUACCUCACCUACCGCCUCGCCGAGUACCUGGUGGAGCGCAGCGCUCGAGAGGUCACGCCCGCCAUCGCUGCCACCUUCAACAUGCACCGCCAGUCCUGCAAGGACCUUCAGCUCUAUCUGUCCAAUCUGGCCAAUCAGAUUGAUCGGGAGAGCAGCACAGCUGAGAUCCCAUUGGUUGUCAUCUUGGAUGAUGUGCAUGAUGCAACAUCCCUCAGUGAACUUGUUAAUGGUGCUUUAACCUGUAAAUAUCACAAAUGUCCAUAUAUAAUAGGGACAACCAAUCAGCCAGUGAAGAUGACCCCUAACCAUGGUCUACACCUCAGCUUUAGGAUGGUGAUGUUUUCCAAUAACGUCGAGCCAGCAAACGGGUUCCUGGUGCGUUAUUUGCACAGAAAACUAAUGGAGGCCGAGGAUCCCAGAAGCGUAAAAAAUGAAGAUCUUCUGCGGGUUCUGGACUGGGUGCCCAGACUCUGGUACCACCUUCACACCUUCCUGGAAAAACACAGCACCUCUGAUUUCCUCAUUGGCCCCUGCUUCUUCCUGUCCUGUCCAGUUACAGUAGAGGAAUUCCGCACGUGGUUUAUUGAUCUUUGGAAUCACUCAAUCAUCCCAUACCUGCAGGAAGGAGCCAAAGAUGGCAUUAAGGUUCACGGACAGAAGUCAGUGUGGGAGGAUCCGGUGGAGUGGGUCAGAGGAUCUCUGCCCUGGCCGUCUGCUCAGCAAGACCAGGCCAAACUCUUUCACCUGCCUCCCCCGAGCACAGGCCCCGGCAGCCCCAGUCAGCCAGGAGAAGAUCGGCCACACAAGGAGACGCCGCCCAGCUCCGUGGAGUCAGAUCCACUGAUGGCUAUGCUGUUAAAACUUCAAGAGGCUGCCAAUUACAUCGAGUCACCGGAAAAAGAAACGGAUCCAAAACUCCCUCCUCUCUGAACAUCCGAUUGACGUUCCCAUCAUCCCCUCCAUCUCUCCCGCCGCCCAUGUUGAGGUCCAAACUCCAACAGCUGCCCCACACCUGCAGAUGACACUGUACUGUUACUAUAAAUGCUAUUAGUGCAUUUCACCCACUAAGUUAUUAUAUUAUCCAUCCCUUAUUUUUUCAUUUCAAUCAAAUGUCCCUUACAAAAAAGUACUGUGGCGGUACCAUGGUUCACAUGGUAAUACCAUGGUACUUUCUUAUAUGGGUAGUUGACAUGUUCUGCAGUAUGACAUGCUAUUUAUUCUCCAUCUAAAACUAUUUUAACUGCAUUUUGCUCUUUUAAAGUUAGUAUGCAUGUGGAUUUAAUGAGCUCCUAUGAAUCGAAAGAGUACAUGUUAAAAUGGAUUUGGUCACACCUCAGGACCUUUUAAAAUGGACUAGAGAAGGAAAAAAGGGUGAUUCAAAAUGAAAAGCUUCAGAAAGAAACAGCAACUAAAUCUAUACUUUUCCUUAUACAUACAUAUAUUUAAAUUUUUUCAAAAAAAAAAAAGUUUAAAUAUUGAUUGUGAUACAAAAAAAAAAAAAACUAUCCAUAUACCAUGGUAUUAUCAUGUUAGUGACCAAACCACGUUUUUUUUUUUUUUUUUAUGCUUUUACCAUGGUACUUUUAUGUAAGGGCUUGCAAAACAAUGUUUUGUCAUAAUAAGUUACUCUUUCUCCUAAAAGAAUGACAAUGUGACAGAUGAAAAUAACGAUCAAUUUAUAGCACUUUUGUCUGCAUAUUUCUGUUUACGGAUGUAAAUGUACAUACGGAUGUAAUUUCUCUUUGCGGGGACCUUUACUGUUCCACUGCUGCCCGUAUUAACAACUCAACGAUACAGGUGCUAAAAUCACUAGUGUGCACGCGCUAAUUCAUCUCGCAGUCAAGCGCUCGUGAACAACAGCAAACAUGGGAGAUACUGGGAAAUAUUAGACGUCUCCUCUCCGAUGUAACACUUAAGGCCACUUUAGCCUAUGCUGCUUUUUGUACUUUUUUUUCUUUCACGUUUGAAUAUGGCCACAGCAUAAGCUACAGUUCAACCCCAAUCCUUUAGUGUCUCAGAAACACUUAUGCAGACUUUUUAAAGGGAUAAGUUCACCUAAAAAUGAAAAUUCUUUUAUCGUUUACUCAUCCUCAAGUUGUUCCAAACCUGUAUUAAGUUCUUACUUCAGAUGACUUCACUACGUUCAUGUUGUUUACAUUAUAUGCACUUAUGCGCCUAUUGCCAACAAAACAGACAUUUGAAGCAGUUUUACUCACCACCUGCGUUUCCGACUCAUGACCAGGAUCAUUACCGCUGUGACCGCUCCAUCUUUCAGUUUUAAACAAUCUGUAAAUCCAGCGUAGAACUGGGCCUUGUUUAUGAAACCAUAAGCGCCAAUCCUGAGGACUCGAGCAGCCACGGAAAAACACGAGAUAUUCUCCAUUCAUUUUAACCAAUAAAAAAGUGAUUGCAACUAUCAGUUUCUAUGGUUAUUUUAAUAACAAAUAUCGAGAGCACAUCAAUGUAAUGCGUGAGCACAAAACUCUCAGCUCCACUUAACGCUGGGUUCUUUGAGAAGCAAGGUUAUCUUUUCCUCACAACCAAAAACACACUUCUUUGGGGACAUUGUUGAUUUCGUGAAGUCCUGUCACCUGUGCAGCGCUGGCGACGACUUACGUAAAGCAGAACGCAUGUUGAUGGGCGUACUCUUGCUCUCUCGCUCUGGUCGACAUGUGCAUGCACGCUCUUCCGGAAGAAGUGCCCCUACAAGGAAUUCCGACCUUUCUGAUGUCACACAGGCCCAUACUCGAAAAAAAAGACUCCGAAGUUUAUGAGGAUUUGGAAGAGUAUUUUUGGCACAAAAAUACUCCAUCAUACGUCCAACUCGUGUUUUGAAAUUUUGGCCAUGUUUAGCAUGAGAAUCCAACUCUUUAACAGUGUAAAUAAGUCAGAAUACAUGAAAUAGCAUUAUACCCCCCCUUUAAUGGUCCCCAUUGACUUCCAUAGUAUUUUUUUUCUAUGGAAGUCGGGGACCAUCAACUGUUUGAUUACCAACAUUCUUCAAAAUAUCUUCCUUUAUGUUCAACAGAAGAAAGAACUUCAUGCAGGUUUAGAAGAACUUGAGUGUGAAUAAAUAAUGGCAGAAUUUUUAUUUUUGGGUGAACUAUCCCUUUAAACCCUUUUCUUUCUCUUUCUAACACAGUGAAUGCCUUAUAACAGAUUUUAAGUGUGCUAUAGUGUUCCCAUGAGCAAAUUUUAGAACUUUAAAUCUGAAAUGAACUGGCCACAACACACAUUAAAUUGGAAUUUGAAUUCAAAUGAAAGUUGCAAUUUUGAAACAAAGACAUCAUUCAUUUUAAUGAAUUAUGGUGAUUUAUUCAGUGGAUGAUUCGACAUUUGAUACUGUCAUUUGACUGGAUAAUUCAUUCUCAAAACUGAAAUGCAUUAUUAAACACGCAGUCUUUGAAUUUCAUUCCAUUUUAAUUAAAAAAAAUUCUAAUUCUGCAUCCUGUUUUAAAACAUGGUAGGGGGCAGCAUUCUCAAAACUGAAGCUCGUGUUCCCUAUGAAGUUGCCACAGUCUGCAAAGCACCUCAGUAACACAUUGUAAAAUUAAUUUGUUUUCAGAGAUUCGUCCCAGUCACAAACAGACUAUUUUUGUGCACUUUGAUUUACUGUAAUGAUACUGUAGAGACGUUUUACUUGGCUUUGGCACUGAUCUCAGCUCAGGAGUUUGGUUAUCUCAGGCCUCUAAUUAGAUUCAAUACAGCUACUUUCUCAGUUAACCGCUCUCUUUGUAGCAAAUGGUGCAAAUGUAGAAAACCAAAUACUCAGUGCUUUAUUCAGUACAAGCCUUUCAUUUGGAGUGCAAGAGACGAUUGCCCCAACAAAGUGCACACGGAUGUGAUGCCGUAGGUUAUCUUUGAUUAUUUGGUGCUAUCUGAUAUCACUAUAGGAAAAAGUUUCCAACAUAAAUGUCUUGGUUUAGUAAAAAUCGCACUUGACAUCCAAUAGCCUUAGUCUUGUGGCGUUUAAGGGCAUCUUUAGGUACAACCAAGUUUUAAUUUUAUUUAUAUGAUCCUUUUUAGUGGUAGUUUUAGAGCUGUAAGCAUUAAGUUUCCUUAGAUCACAUUUUGCCUCACCAAAAAUCCAUCAUGAAAUUAUGUCAAAAGAAAUCAACUUCCUUUUUAACUAUGGUAGUCAAACAUAUCAAACCAUACAGUGUUUCUCUGAAGCUUACAGUUAACAGUAGUGUACACUACAUCCAUAUGUCCUCACUAGAAGAGGAUUCGCUCACAGAAAGCAGUGGUGGACCAGUAAUUUCCCAUCUCUGUACCUGAAACUAGUAUCCAAACAUGCAUGUAGGUGAGAUCUGGGCUAUGAAAGUUAAAAUAUAACUCAAAUCAUUCCAUUCCUUUCUACUCAUCUUAUAUAUUGCAUUAUCAUUACUCUACUGUGUAAAUAUGAUUUCCGUAGUUCCUUCUCCAAGAAGUGAGGGUUUGUGGAGUUUAUUAGCCAAAUAGAGAGACUCGUAAUGCUCAAGAUGGCAAAAUGAUUCAGUUUUCUUUAGCCUUCUUCAGUUGCGCUGCUGCUUCAAGUCUAAUAUGUGACAUUUAUAUUUGAUUACAGUCCAGACAUAAGACAGUGUGCCAAUGGCUUUUGUUGCUUAUCUGCUGGAGAUUGUAGUUGUAUUUGGCCCAAUUGCAGUUUCAUUUUACGUCAAUGAAUGCUAUUUAAUAACUUGUUUGUAAGUUACCUGAUAUUGAAUCUGGAUCAGUGAAUAAAGCUAAUUAGUGAGGGAAUAAAUCUCAUUUACGUGAGCAGGUAGAGACUGUUCUCAUCCUCAGCAGUUUUUAAAAAGACGUUUAUUAGUGUGACUAAAGCCGCUGUACACUGUCUGCAUCAUGUUCCUGGUUAUUGUGCCUGUAACCGUGUGAUAGCUGUGCUGUGUUGUGCAAAGUCCCAUUUAACGCGACAAUUCAGCAACUUUUUACUGUCUACUUUGUCUGUCCAGGAAUUGUAACGACAGCACAGGGAUGGUGACUGUUAAAACUGGAUUUUUUGCUUUUUUUGUCAUGAGCUUUGGUUUUGUUAUGUCCGUCUGUUGCUGUUUUUCACUUUAUAGCUCUUAAAUGCACCUUUUUAUAUUGUUGCAAUAAUUUGUCUUGUGCGUUAAACAGAGUCAGGAGCUCCAUAGACUCGUUUCAUCCCUGGCUUUGGGUGAUUGUAUGCCUUGAUGGUGCUGUCUUGAGGUCAGGGUCAAGCUUGGGCAACUCGUGAAUGAAGAUGGAUCUUUCAUAUCAGGUGGCUUAUGUAAAAUGUUCAAAGAGGACCAAUGAAAAAUGUAAAGAGAUUACAGAUAAAAAGUGGUGAGAAGUUGCUGAAUAGUCCUUUCACUUCAUGCAAUGCUUGAUAUUGAUUCAAAAAAUCCAAUACUAUUGCAUAAAAGGUAAUAUGACGGUAGAAGAUGUAAGUUACAAUGUGCAAUGGGUUUCUAAAUGUCGUAAACGCAUGUCACCUUAGUGUGAAGCAGAAUUACGGAUGUGUUCUACCUAAUUUGGGGUCGUAUAAAAGGAAUGAUAUUUCUUUCUUUCUUUGUAAGUUUCCCCAAAUGAUUGUUUGUACAACUUAAGUUCCAUUUUUGUACAGAACAUUAUAAAUGUAAACAUUGUACAUAGCGUGGCCCUGCAUUUGCAACAACAAUCAUUUAAGAAAAUACAAUGUCAUUAACAAAUGUGGUUUGUAAGGAAGAUGUUUGUUACCGAUGGAGUGGCCCAGUACACAAGAACUGGCAUGCUUCUUCGGAUGUUCGUAAUGACCACCAAGACAUUGUCCAUCUGUCAUAAUAAAACCACAACGUUCGUUAA